UUGUUGAGCGCACGGUUUUUUUUUCUAUUGUUCCACGACGCAUUGUUUCUAUUGUUUGCAGCUUUGUUUUUCGGUUGUAUGUCGGCAGUCGUGCAGUGAGUGUGUCUACAGUACCGCGUCGAGAGGUUUGCAUCCUUGCGCGUAUCCUCAACAGGACAGCGCAGCCAGUACGCAUGGGAGAUUGGCGACGGGACGUGUUUGUGUUGGGAUUGUUGAAAUUUGGUACAAGCUGCGAGCUCACACAAAAAGGACGAAGUUGAAAUUGGUGGAUCAAAAGUGAAAAACAUUUACAUUACGCAGAGUAAAACAUAGCAAUCGGCGACACACGCUUUGAACGACAUGGAUUUGGAAAUCGAAGCACAAAAGCCCACGCUGGAUUUGGCGAAGAAAUGUCUAAAAAAGGUGCCGAAAAUGGAAGACGCGCAGCAAUACAAAGUGUUGAUACUGGACGACAAUGAGCUACAGAAGAUAGAUAAUAUUGAUUCGUACUUGAAGAUCGAGAAGCUGUCGUUGUGCAAAAACCAGCUGCUGCGUAUGUACGGCGUUUGUCGAUUGCAUUGUUUACGCGAGUUAAAUCUGUCCUACAACGGGAUACUCACGAUAGAAGGGCUAAAAGAUUUAGUGUACUUGACGCACUUGAAUCUGGAGUGCAACAAUAUUAAAACCAUCGAACAUUUGAAUACGAACGUAAACCUUCAGUAUUUGAAUCUUUCGGAAAACAGUAUCACCAGUGUAUCGGAUAUAUCUUACUUAAAAAACCUAAAGGAACUCUAUCUCAACGGAAACCGCAUAUCGCAUUUAAGGCAAUGUGAUAAACACUUACCUCAAUCGCUGGAAACAUUAACAUUAGCAAAGAAUAACAUUGCGGAUCUGAAUGAAAUUUGCACACUAAGCCAUCUGAACAAUCUCAACAGCAUCACGAUAGCGGACAAUCCGUGCGUCCAGAUGGCCGGAAACGUAGUUGGAUUUGACUACCGCCCAUUCGUGUUGAAUUGGUGUAUGAGUGUGAAGCAUAUUGAUGGGUUUGUCGUCACUGCCAUCGAGAGUCUGAAAGCGGAAUGGUUGUACAGUCAGGGACGGGGUCGCCAAUUCCGAAUCGGCGAACAAAUUGCACUGGCUCGCUAUCUAAGCAGCGUGUGCCCAUUGUCUGGCGAAGCGUUGGAAAACCAAAACGAGCGAAAACUUCGACUUAUACUUAGCAAAGCGCAGCAACAUCAGCGCCAGUUGCAGGAACAAACAACACUUGGCAGCGAUGGAGCAAAUCAGUCGGCAAACAAUUCACCAUCGUCACUGCGUCGGAAGGGGCAAGCAACGCGCAUACAGUCGCCUCGUGUAUCGCGUUUAAGCGGGCGUCAAAACUCUCCGGAUGCCAUGUCAAACAGUUACCAUGGUAACCUUUCGAACAAUUCAAUGUCAUCUGGGCAUAGCGAGAGUAGCUCUGGAGGAUCGCAGCUGUUCGAACUGACACGGUCGUUAAUUGAUAAUAUAACUUCAGACAGCACUAUUAUGUCGCAGAGCUUGGAUCCAAACAUGCUGGCGAGCAGUAAUAGCACUACCGCUUGUGUCAAUAGUAUGGCCGGUACAGGUACAGGAAACGAAUGUAUUGUGUUGAGCAAACAACAUUCGGCAGCAACGAACCAAAACCAUGGAAAUUUGUAUAAUGACCAAAUAUUAAAUCCCGCUGUCAUUACUGGAGGGGGGCCACUAACAGCUGCAUCUAAAAUGGUGCCGGUACCCGAAUCCUUAAUGAGCCCUGAUUGUGGUCCCACUACGACAACGGCUGCUAGUAUCGUGCAACGAAAUAUGCAACAUUGCAAUAUGCAGCCGCAACCACAGACGCCGCAGAUUCCAAAAGCUGUAAAAACUAAAGACAUCAAUCGAUCGGGGGGAGGUCAAGUGGGUGGAGGCAUCCCGGUGGCAACCUCAAAUCCCAAAAGCGGAAGUCCUCGCACGGCGAAACGCAAUAACAGCAGUGAGCGUUCUUCGCCGUCUCUUUCGCCGCGAAAAACACUCAACAGUCACAACAACAACGGUGGUGGUGGUAGCAAUAGCCAUUCCAGACCCGUAUCAUCACAAUCGAAAUAUUCUGUGCAUGCUGCUAUAGCAACUCCGUCGGAGGGUGGGUCGAGCAAUGCUGUAAGCUCAGACGACGAUAGUGAAACGAUCAAUGUUGAAAAACUGCGCACCAUUCGUCACAAAGCGGCUCAGCAACAAACGCAUCACACCCUUCAACACGUAGGGCAGGGGUCGGGAUUAAAAAUGAAGGAUAAAGAUGCUCCGUUGUCGGGUGUACCUGCGGCCAAGGAGACGAUGGACGAUAAUAAGGCAACUGAAAAUUCGGCCAUUCUCAUCCAGAAGCUUUGGCGUGGCUAUGUAACUCGCAAACGGACACGGGAUGUGGUGGAAAAAUUAUUCCACAAGCGAACAAACGAUCAUAUUUUACAGCUGACGAAGGACAUGCAGAUCACAAAAGAACAGUUGGAGUCAGGACGCAAAAUUCAACAACUCCAGAUGAAAGCUUUGCGUCAGUUGUGGAGGAAAGUUUCCUCUAUGAAUCCAGCGGAACAAUCAUUCGCCACCCAGAACAUCAGUGGGCCAACGCAAGUAACGGUGUCUGAAGAAGAAGAAAAUUGCGAACAACUUGCGGGUGACGCCGCGGAGCAUAGUACGCUCCAGGAUCUGACAAAGUCCUGUUCGAUGCUAAUGAACCAGGUGCAACAGUUGCAGGGGGCGGUACGUGACAUAGUUAGCUGUAUGCAGUUCUUGGUACAUGUUCCGCAACCUGCACAACCGUCGAUGAGCAACGCUUCCCAACAACUCCAGUGCUCCAGUGAAACUCAAACGGAAAUUGUGGCCGUACAUACGCCCCAGCUAGAACAGAUGCCAGAAACGUUUCCUUUUGGUAAGAUGUUGGACGAUGCAGCCAAGGAGCAGUUGUUGGUGAGUUGCAACAAUAAGCUUUCGCGGCCGUCUACAUUACCCAUCAGUUCUGCGGAGACUUCUCCUAAGCUUGCUGGACAAGAGCAAAGCACAAACGUUAGGGAAAGUCCUCGGGAAUCGACGGAUAAGGAUUCGAUUAACUGUGAAGUGCAAAUGAUUAGAAUUGAGGAAGCCGAUCGUGGUAAUGAGGAGGAAAAUAACGACGGCGAGCAGAAGGAACGUGAUGAGAAGGAAAUGGAAAGCAUCGUUCAGUCUAAGACUGUGGAAAGUGACCCAGUUAAUCCGUAAGCCGAUUUGAUAAUAUUAAUUCAUAAUUGCGGAGGAAUACCGAGGAAUAUUUGAAGCACUAGCGAUUUUAUUUUAUUAAGUCUCUUCAAAGGGCAGCCUCUUGGCAGCCAACAUAAAUAUGGUUCCGUUAUA